CGUGAGCUCGCCAUUGUGUGUUUUUCUGUGUGAUUUUUCCUCCUUGCCCAUAUGUGAAAAUCCUCAUCAAAUAGUGCGCUUUAUCAGCUAAAGUGACGCUGAAACCGCGACAAUAAUGUGUGCCCCACGUAAUUUAUGUGUUAGUUGCGCUAAGGAACCGCUAAUAGUGCCCCUGUCGGUGCUGCGAAAAUAAAACAACACUAAAUGGUCGAUAGAGGAGUGGAUACGAUUGGGUGCCGCUGAAGAUUAGAAUUGCAUCGAGCGCGAGGGAAACGGAACAGCCGAAUUGCCAGGGUGUUUGGGUCAUUCCGCUGGGACUGCGCGGACGUGUUGCGAUGGACGGCCUGAGGGCGCUGGACCUGCUGCCGCUGCUCCAGGACAAGCUGGCCAUUCUGCCGGGCAGCCGGGACAACCGCGGUGGCCCCAUCAUCUGCUUUCCCAGCUCCACGCGGCGCGACAGGGCGAAGCUGGAGGACUGGCGACGCCUGCUCAGCUAUCUGAUUGGCAUACCAAACGACGAGGCCAGAUCGAUCGGAUUCACGAUAGUGAUUGACAAUCGCGGCAGCGGAAGUUCUUCGGGCAGUCUCAAGACCAUCUUCAAGACGCUGCAGGAGAACUUUGUCACUGGUGUUGUGCAUCAAGUGGUGAUUAUCAAGUCGGACAACUUCUGGCAGAAGCAGAGGUCUUCAAUCUCGAGUCACAAAUACAAAUUUGAAACAAUCUCAAUAUCACUUGAAUCUCUGGGGAAAAUCAUCGACUCGUCGCAAAUAACGCCGGAUCUUGAUGGGACUUUCCAGUAUGACCACAACAGUUGGAUUGACACGCGUCUGGAGCUGGAGGAGUUCCUCUGGCAGGCGAGUGACUUGCUGGACAGAAUUGACGAUCUGCAAGAGGACAUAUCGCGGUGUGAAUUCGCCGAGGAUGCGAAUGGGGCGCUGAUGGAGCUCGAUCAUCACAAGGACAUGAUGAAGAAGAAGAUCACGAAGCUGCCACUCGAAGAGAUGGACUUGCAGGGGAAGCGUCUGCUGUCGAAACUGAACGCCGACUCUGGGAGUGGCAGUGGAAGCGGCGAUGACUCCACAUCGCAUGCAUCGAAUUCGAACAAUACUCACUCACUCAAUGGAUCUCACGGGAACCCCGAUCGGAUUGCGUCAGUGAAUCAGGUGUUGCAGCAACUGGAGGCGGUGCACAGUGCGCAGCAAUACUUGCUCACCAUGUGGCAGCAGAGGAAGAACAAGCUGGAUCAGUGCUUCCAAUUGAAGCUCUUCGAGCAGGAUUGCGAGAAGAUGUUCGAUUGGAUACUGCACAAUAGGGACAUCUUUCAGAUGAGUUAUGUGGAGAUUGGGCACAAUUAUGCCGUGGCGAAGAAUCUGCAGGAUGAGCACCAGAAAUUUGCUGUGGCUUCCAUGAAUGUGUGCGUGAACAUCAAUAGAAUUCUCGCCGUGGCGGGGAAAUUGAUCGAGGGCAACCACUAUGCCGCUCAACAUAUCCGCACUGUGGCCAGCAGACUGGAUCGCACGUGGAAGGACUUCGCGGCGGGAUUAGACGAGCGGACGGCCGUGCUGGCGCUCAGUGUCAUCUUCCAUCACAAGGCAGAGCAGUACUGUGAUAAUGUGCCGUCGUGGGCGUCGGCGUGUGAGGCGGGGCAGCAACUGCCGAUGGACAUUCAGAGCCUGGAGAAUAUCAUCUGCACGCACCAGAAUCUGUAUGAGUCCAUGUGUCAGGCGUACACGGAAGUUCACUCCACGAGCAAGAAGCUCCUCUAUCAGCUGGAUCAUCUGGUGCAGGUGUGCAAUCAACCGCCGCCGCCUGGAGUGCCGGAGCAUAAGAAAUCCGAUGGCGGCUCGAGCUAUGGAGCCGGAAAUCCAGCAGCGGAUUACAGUGAGGGUGCUUCGCAUGUUCUGGCAGUGAUCCACCAGAUUCUGGGCCAUCAUCGCGCCCUGGAGGCCAAAUGGCAUGCUGGCAAAGUGCGACUGCAUCAGACGCUGGCGCUGAGACUCUUCCAAGAGGAUGUGAAGCAAGUGCUGGACUGGCUGGAGAAUCACGGUGAGGUGUUCCUCAGGAAGAACACAGGGAUUGGCAAGAAUCUGCAAAAGGCGCGCGUGUAUCAGAAAUCUCAUGAGCACUUUGAGAAUGUGGCUCAGAAUACAUACAGCAAUGCGGAGAAGCUUCUCUCUGCGGCAGAUGAAUUGGCACGAUCGGGUGAAGUGAUUCCCAAUGAGAUCUACACAGUGACUCGCGAGCUUGAGACGCACGUGGCGUCUUUUGCCAGUCGUGUGGAACAACGCCGGCGACGUCUGGAGCUCGCAGUGCUAUUCUAUACCCAUGACAAGGAGAUCUGCAAUUGGGUGGUGCAACUACGCAAUGACAUUGCCGCCAGUGACUCUCUAUUGCCGGAGGAGAAUCUCUCGUCCACUGAACGGCUGCUGCAGCAGUGCCAGGACCAGAAGGCGCACACUCUCACGAUCUGCGAUCAGACUAUCGCGCAGGGUGAGGCGCUGCUGCAGGAGCUCAGGGCCACUGAGGAGCUGGAUCCUAGUGGAUCAGUCACAGCCAUCGAAAGCACCAUCGAGAAUUUGUCGAAGCAACGAAUUGAGCUGGAGGAAUUGUGGUCGGCGCGAAAGAUGCGAUUGGAUCUCUUCUUGCGCCUCAGACUCUUCGAGAGAGACGCUCUCGAGAUCUCAUCACAGCUGGAGAUUUGGGCUGAGGAGAUUCAACACACGGAGCUCUCUAUGGAGUAUCAAAAGGCUGAGCAGCUGCUGAGAAUGCACAAUGAUUUGGUGAAUCAGAUGCAAAGCACAGUGUUUGACAUUCUGCAGCAGGGCCAGGAGUUGUUCCAGAUCUUCGAGACGGCGGGAUUCAUAAUAAUGGCCGAUGGGACGAACACAGCGCAAUCGAGGAUUCAGUACUUGAUCGAGUUCCUGCACGAGCGCGAGAUGGAUCUUGAGGAUAUGGGUGAGGUGAAGAGGGCAAAGUUGGAGCAAGCAAUGCAGCUGUGUCAGUUCAAGAAUGACGCUAAUCAGGUCAUUUCGUGGAUUCGCAAUGGCGAGGCAAUGCUGGUGGCCAGCUUUACCAUUCCCAACAAUCUGCAGGAGGCUGAGCACCUGCGGAAGGAGCAUGAGCAGUUCCAAAUGGCCAUUGAGAAGACUCACACGUCUGCGGUGCAGGUGAAAUAUCGCGCUGACGCUCUUAUCAAUGCCAGUCACUAUGAUCCGAAAAGUAUUAGGGACAUUUCUGAGGAGGUCACGAAGAAGUGGCAGAAGCUGGUGACAUUUGCUGAGGAGCGACACAAGCUCGUCACGGCGUCGAUCAAUUUCUUCAAGACGGCCGAACAAGUGUGCACAGUGCUGGACAGUUUGGAGAGAGAGUAUCGGCGGGAUGAGGAUUGGUGUGGCAGCGGAGGGUCCAGUGAUAAGGCGCAGACUGUGGCGCACUUGAUUGCGAAGCACCAGGAGCAGAAGGAGGCAUUCCUCAAGGCCUGCACUCUAGCCAGACGCACUGCGGAGACUUUCCUGAAGUACACCUCGAGAUCUCUGCAGUUCUAUGACUAUCAGGGUUCUGGAACGAGUGAAUCGCGUGUGAAGCAGAUUCUGGACAAGCUCUUGACGCAGGAGAAUCAAGUAUUGGAAUUUUGGACGCAGAGGAAGAAGCGACUGGAUCAGUGUCAGCAAUUUGUGCUGUUUGAGAGAUCUGCUAAGCAGGCAAUUGAGUGGAUUCACAAUACUGGUGAAGCGUAUUUGUCGUCCAGGACAAAUGCCGUGGGAAAGAAUCCCGAGGAGACGGACGCUCUGCUGAAGGAGCACAAUGACUUCAAGGGAACGGCGAAGGAGACGAGAGAGAGAGUGAAACUCCUCAUUCAACUGGCGGAUAGUUUGGUGGAGAAAGGUCAUGCUCAUGCCGCUUCAAUUAAGCAAUGGGUAGCUGCUGUGGAUAAUCGCUAUAAGGACUUCAGUGGCCGAAUGGAUGCAUAUCGGGCGCACUUGGAGAAGUCCUUGGGCAUCACGGCUCAAGCGCAGGAGGAUCAAAACUCUCUCAGCUCGUCGAAUUCAUCGGGAAUGCCUGGUGAUCGACACUCUGAUCCGUCGCUGGAGACGAAACUCAAUGCGGCAGCGUCGCAAGCGGGUGGGAAAGAGCUGAAUGAGGACAAGAGGAAAUCCGCGCGACGGAAGGAGUUCAUCAUGGCGGAGUUGAUGCAGACUGAACGGACCUAUGUGAAGGAUUUGGAGAUCUGCAUAAAGUACUUUAUGCGAGAGAUGGAGUCCGGAGUGAAUGUUCCGGCUGGCCUAGUGGGGAAGAGGGAUAUUCUAUUUGGCAACAUGGAGGAGAUUUGGAAGUUCCACGAGAAGAUCUUUCUCAAGGAGUUGGAGAAGUACGAGACGAUGCCGGAAGAUGUGGGGCAUUGCUUUGUGACGUGGGCCCUCAAGUUCGACAUGUACGUUCACUAUUGCAAGAAUAAGCCGCUCUCUAAUAACCUAAUGGUUCAGCAUGGUGGAACGUAUUUCGAGGAUAUUCAGAAGAAGCACAAAAUUGAGCACCCUUUGGCGGCAUUUCUCAUCAAGCCAGUGCAGCGCAUAACGAAGUAUCAGCUGCUGCUCAAGGAUCUGCAGUCGUGCUGUGAGGAGGGACAAGGAGAAAUCCGCGAUGGUCUCGAUGUGAUGCUCAAUGUGCCGAAGAAGGCGAAUGAUGCCAUGCAUUUGUCACUGCUGGAGCAGUGCGACGUGAAGAUCGAUAGUCUGGGUGAAGUUGUGCUGCAGGAUUCCUUCCUAGCGUGGGACAAUAAGCAGAUCAUCAGGAAGGGAAGAGAGCGUCAUGUAUUCCUGUUUGAGCUGUACGUUUUGCUGGCCAAGGAGACGAAAGAUUCCAAUGGUGUGGUGAAAUAUCAGUACAAGAUGAAAUUGAUGACUUCUGAACUUGGCGUGACUGAGCACAUUGAGGGCGAUGAGACAAAGUUCGCCGUGUGGACAGGAAGAGCGCCGAUGGUGGCGGACUUCCGUGUUGUACUGAAGGCGCACAAUUUGGAGACGAAGCAGAUGUGGGUGAAGAAGUUGCGGGAAGUGAUUCAGGAGACAUACUUCUCAGCUGCAUCGCUGACAUUCCCCAAAUCUCCGGCCAAAACCACAGCAAAGGCGACAUCAUCUCAGCGAUCAUCGCGUGAUUUGGACGAGGCUCUCGCGGAGAAUGACAACGACGGCAGCUCUCUGGCCAGCUUUGGGUCUGGGAACACGACGGACAGUGACAAGGUGGGAACGGUGGAGAUGACGUGGGUGAUCUCGGAUCAUGCGGCUGCAGCGGGAAGUGGCGAGCUGACGGUGACGAAGGGACAGCAAGUUGAGGUGCUGGAAGUAAGCUCAACACAGCCGGAUUUCUGUCUGGUGCGUCUGAACGGAUCUGGAAAGAAUCCGCAGGAAGGCCUCGUGCCUCUGGCCAUCCUGAAACCGCCGCCGACACUCAACAAAACCAGUCCCAGACGCAAUGUUGAUUCUGACCAGCCACAGUCAGCUGUGGCUGAAGCGGCUGGAGGAGCAGUGAGUGAAAAUAAUGCUGCAAGUACAGCUUCGCCGGUUAAUAAACGACGUGGGCGCAAAUGGUUGCCGCCGCCACUGAGGAAGUUGUCACAGGGCAAGGUAGACAAGCCGACAGAUCGGCCGCUGGUGAAGAAGGGAUCGGACAAGCGAUUCAAAUUGCCGUCCGACAAGGCGUCCGUGGACGAGGAGCCGUCCACGCAGCUGCCCACGUCACCGCUGCAGAUUCCGCCGACACAUGGCGAGGUGGAGACAGAGGAGGAGCCCACGCUGGAGCUUCCGCCACCGAUGAAGCCCAUCCAGGAUCCCACAGUUGGGACGGCGCCCAAUUCGACUGCCACUGAGAAUGCAACGCUGAAGAAGAUCGACGUGUGUCCAUCGGCGGACUUUACGGAGAUUGAGAGGAUUUUCAAGGAGAAAAUGCAACAGCACGAGGGAAAAUCAAAAGGCUUGGACACAUUGACAUCAAUUGAUGAAAAUUCAGCACCAGCUGGCGAGGAGGGACAGGAUGAGACAGCGGAUGAGACCGCAGGAAGUGAAAAUACAGUGGAAAGUGCACUGAAGAAGAGAAAUUACGCUCUCAAGGAAUUAAUAGCGACAGAGGAGAAAUAUAUUGAAGACUUAGCUCUCAUUGUUGAAGGAUACAUUCCAGAGAUAAGAAAUCCAAAUAGCGACAUUGUAAUACCUGAAGAUUUAAAGUGUGGCAAGGAGAGAAUGGUAUUUGGGAACAUCGAGGCAAUUUAUGAGUGGCAUAGAGACUACUUCUUGAAGCAACUUCUGCCAUGUGUUGCUCAUCCGGCGAAAUUGGGACCCCUGAUUGAGAAGAGCAAGAUUAAAUUGCGGAUGUACAUAGUGUAUUGUCAGAAUAAGCCUGUGUCUGAACAUAUCGUUGCUGAACAUGCUGCAUAUUUUGAGGAGAUUCGAUUGAAGUUGAAGCAUAAAUUAGUGAUAAAUGAUCUUCUGAUAAAACCCGUUCAGCGACUGAUGAAGUACGAGUUGAUUCUAAAGGAUGUCAGGAAGCAAACUGAAAAGGCGGGUCUUCAUGACGAGUGUGCAAGUUUGCAGCAAGCCAUCAAUGUUAUGAAUGUGAUUCCUAAAGAGGCCAAUGAUAUGAUGGAUGUGGGGCGAUUGCAGAACUUCGAGGGAAAGAUCACGGCUCAGGGGAAUCUAUUGCUUCAUGGUCCACUUUUAUGUAUUGAGUGCAAUAAUGGUGCAAGUUCUGAUAGGAAUUCCAGUACAACGCAAAAGCCGAAAGAACUUCAAGUAUUCCUCUUCGAUCAGAGUAUUAUAUUCUCCGAGAUAUCUGGCAAGAAGACUCAAUUCUCCAAUCCAGGAUACAUCUAUAAAAUUCACAUUCAACUCAAUAAGAUGAUUCUGAAAGACAUCUCCACUGUUGGCGCUGAGAAAUUCCUGAUAAAGUCAACGGAUCACAAACGACAAGGCAUUGGAUACAUCUGCAAUGCGUCCACGAGUGAAAUGCACAAGAAGUGGUUCGAUAAGAUAUCAGAGAUCAUCAGGAAUCAGAGUGAUUUCGCCAAUGCCAUUCAGCGACCCAUAGACUAUCAGAAGGAGUUGAACAAGAAUUCGCAGAAGCCAUCGACGCCAGAGUGUCUUCAUCCGCUGUCUGGGAAGUCUCAUAGCCAGCCAGUGUUCUCAUUGACAACGACAACUUCUCGCCUGGACAAUCGCCGUGUGUGGAAUGCAGACAAUCGCAACAGUAACACUCCUGACGAGGUCAACUUCAACACCGCAGAAGCACGGCUCUCGCGGGAAUUCAUGCACUCUGUGUCGCUGAACGACGCCGCUGUGGUGCAAAUAAGUCGCAGUGGACGCACGGAGAUUGUGUCUCGCAGUCAAGAUGUCACUGUUCAGGAAGGUGUGUCGGCCAUCCUCAGCUGCCGACUGCGCAAUCAUCAGUACACGAGGAUCACGUGGCGCAAGACGGAGCCCGACACUUUUGUGAUACGACAAGACGAGAAGUUCGACGUGUCCAUGACACCGAACGGGGAGGCGAGGCUUAUCGUGAAGAACACGCGAGCGUCGGACAGUGGCCUCUAUGUCUGCGGUGUGGAAAACAGCCUCCAUCAGUCGCAGAAUCUGCAGUGCACCAUUGGACUCACGGUGCUGGCGUCGCCCACGCCAAUUCACGAUGAUCCCAUUCUCAGUAUUGUCAACUCCUCCACCGUGAAGAUCACGUGGAGUCCGCCGAACCCGUGCAUCGUCGAGCACUGCCACAUUGGGGCCACUGAGUGGGUGACGGAGACAAAGUCGCCGGUUCUGCCCAGCUACGAAGUGGGCAAUCUUAUGCCGGGCGAGAGCUACUCCUUCCGCCUCGUGAAUCCCACCACAGGACUCACCGGAGUGUCUAGUCUCACAGUCACGCUGCCCACCAACGACAUGGAACUGUGGCAGCAACAACACUUCUCUCAUCGAUACACGAUCGUGUCCGAGCUGGGGCGCGGAAAAUCUUCAGUGGUUCGUCUGGCGAGGGACACAGGAACUGGUCAGCUCGUGGCAUCGAAGCAAAUCUCCCGCAAUUUCCAGACUUUCUCUCAAACCCAAGCGGAAUAUAAAGUGAUCGCCUCAAUUCAGCAUACCAACAUUGCCAAAGGACUGUGUCUGUACCAGAACGCUCCUCAUCCAGGCACCGAUACCAUUGUCAUGGAGUACGUCCAUGGCCCUUACUUGCUAUCCUACAUCUGCAAGAACAAGGAGUACACCGAAACGACUGUGCAGUUCUUCAUGAAGCAACUACUGAACGGCGUCUCCUGGCUGCACGCCCACAAGAUACUCCAUCUGGACAUUAAGCCGGAGAACAUUCUGGUGGAUGUGAGCAAUAUCUACUCUCCUGUGCUGAAGCUCAUCGACUUGGGGAAUCACGUGCGAUACACAAUGGGUGAGAAGCUGCCGGCUAACAAUUUGGAGUUCGUGGCUCCGGAAGUGGUGUGUGACCAGCCGCUGAGUGCUGCCACGGACAUGUGGAGUGUGGGAGUGUUUCUGUACGUGUUCCUGAGCGGCGUGAGUCCUUUCCUGGAUGAUUCCUCCGAGGAGACGAGCGCCAACAUUCUAAAGUGCGAUUACUGCUUUCCUGAGGACUACUUUCGAGGGAUCUCAGCGGAAGCGAUUGUCUUCGUGCAGAAGAUCCUACUGCUGAACCCAGAAGAGCGUCUCAGUGCUGAUCAGUGUCUCGAGGCGCCAUGGAUUGUCCAGAAUCUCCGGGUGUCCGUCAUCACGACGUCCAGAUUGCAGAAUUUUGUGGAUCGACGGACGCCGAAGGUGAAUUUUGCUGUUCCUACAAGUAAAUUCUACGUCAAUUAGACCAGUAAGGCCGGGAUUUUUCGUGUGGCAUCGAGGAAAAACACACCCUUUGCAUCCCACUAUACUAAAUAUGAACAAGAAAUAUCUCUAUUGAUGUUUGUGUUCUUGGCUGUGUCAUUAUGAUCAAUAAUAAAAUUCUAAAUAAAAUGUAUUAACGGAGCGAAAAUUUGAGAUUUCUCGUCCUGACCGUUGACACGCUUGGAAGUCUGGCAUGCAAGAAGAAUUCCGGAGAAACCUUGCAAGUGGCGGUUCGCGGCGCACUUCACGCUGUUCAUGGAAGAGGCAUCUAAAACCAACAUGGCCGCAUGUCGUUCGUGCAGUGCUGUGUCGUGGUAAGUGAAGAUUUACUGUGAUUUUCUCCCCUUGGAGGCAUUUUCACGAAACCCAGCUAUCCGCAGCAGAGCUUGUGUCUCUGAAUUAAAAAAAAAUCACUCAAAAACUACCACACAAAAAAACAAACCAUUUCAAGAAAACCCAAAACCAAUACGUAAAGCAAAAGACGAAAAAAAAAGCUACCAACUCUUCUGGAAUAUAGAACUUUAUUCAACUGCACUUUUGUCGCCCGGAUCAAAAGACAGAGAGAAGAAAGAAAAAAAAACACAGAAACACUCGUAUCUGCAACGGAACUGUGAAGAAGAAAAAAAAACACGACGUGAAGCCAAAAGUAGUAUAAAAUCCCUAAAUCGAUAACUUUGCCAUUGUGUCCCUUCUUGUCCUCUGCCACCGAAAAGCACGCGAACCAGGAAAACUCCCAGAGACUCUUUACCCGAAGCGCGCCUCCUCGACACGGACGGACUUCCGCUGAACGGAGGAACAAGUUUGAGAGUGAGAGCGCCCCCCUCAAAAAACCGCCCCCAGGAAACAUUCUGUGAGAAAUAGUGUGAAUAUCCCCGCAAUCAAGCCGAAAUAGAGUGUGGAAACAGAGUCAGAGGCGCGAGAGAGAGAUAAAAAGAUUAAAAAAAAAAACAGAAAUAAAAAUAAUAGUAUAUAUAUAUAUUAUAAAGUAAAAUCUACAAAGUAGAGAAAUCGUAAAUCGCAAGACUAAAUAAUUGUGUUAAUUAUACAAGAAGUGAAUGAGAAAAGUCUUUAUAGAGGAAGCAAAAGAUUAAAAAAUACUACGUGAAAUUUAGGAGAAACAAGUGAAUAUUGGCCACAAGUGGCUCAACAACGAGUACAAUAAGUUAUAAUUUAAAUAAAAAAAAACUACCCUUAAACUACAAUUUGUUCCGCUUCAACUGUGAAGAAAAACCAUCCCUGCAACAGAGUUGAAUUUAUUGUGUGAUAAUUGACACUUGAAUCACCUGUAACACGAAUUUAUUUCACGAAGAAGACUCUCUCUCUCUCUCUCUCUUCCUCUCGGCUCAGCUUGAGCGGGAGGAGAAAGCACCAGACUUGGUUCACACACGAACAAGAGGACAAGUUUAGGAGGCAAAAGGGUGAAAGAAGGAGAAUUGAACAUCCACAAGAUCAAACAACUCAGCACGCAUUGACGACAUUGAAGAUAUAGAACCAACUCUAGCUUAGUUUCACAGUGUUUUGGACCUUAUUUCGCAAAGAAAUCCUCAUCAAUCAUCCUAGAGACUAAAGAGAAUCAACAUUUAGAGAAGAAGAAAAAAAGAAA